AUGCUGGAUGAAGACUGUGACAGCUACGCUUUCGACAGCAGCAAGUGUUACGGAUUCACAAAUAGAAUUAUAACCACAACACCGACGACUGUUAACCUGAAAGCGCUCUAUUAUGAAAACAAAGGGGCAUUAGGCAGAAAUCUGGCAGCAGGAAAGCCAUCGUCACAAAACGGACUUUAUGAUGGGCAUGGGUCACAGGGCAAUUAUACAGCCAAGAUGGCCAACGAUGAUAGUAGAGUACCAGAACCGAAUGGUCUUUUGGGAUCGUGUUCCCAUCUUGGGUAUUCUUCUUAUGCUAACACCAUAUGGUGGAAGGUGGACCUAGAAGAUGUUUACCGCAUCACUAACGUAGCAUUGCUGGCACGCAAAGAUCCAUUCCCUUCGGAGUUAGAACAUUUGAAGAUUGCAGUGGGAAGGACGUCAACAGGAAACUUCAUAGAUUGUGUAGUAGACACUGGGCCUGGUUUUUAUGGAGAGAUGCGUUCCUUUGCCUGUACGGUUCCUAUUACUGGGCAAUACGUACAAGUUUCAAAGUAUACAUCCGGUUGGACAUUUACUUUGUGUGAAUUAGAAGUGUUUGGGGAACCUAAGCCAUAG